GUAGGUUUUUUUUCAUUGGUUAAUUUUCGUAGAUUUUUUUACAUCCAUUUUUCUAUCAAUCGACCGGAGGUUUGCACCCUGGGGGCAUCGCAAUUUCAGUUUUUUUUUUGCCGCUCGUCGGUUCAGGGGGGAAUCGCUGGGAGGUGGGAGGUGGGAGUGAGGACGAAAAAACCCAUGGUAGGUGAGACGAAAAUUAACCGUGGAACGAAGACUACCAACUGAGACAUUAGGAGUAGAGAUACAUAAACGAUUUGGUAAUGAGAUUUCUUUGUUAUGAUUUACACAUUAAUUUUCUUAAAAUUAGUUAUUUGUUUUUAAUUAAUGUGAUCAAGUGAUUUUUUUUAAAAUCAGUUAUUUGUUUCCUAAUUAAUGUGAUUAAGCGAUUUAAGGUCAGGUUAAUUAAUUUAAAUUUGAUCUUUAGAGAUUGAUCGUGAUUGAUUCUUUCACAUAAAGACAUUAUUAAAUAACUUGUGUCAGCAUAAAAAAUUCGAAUCCGUUCAUAUUGUUUUGUUGUGUGAGAGGGUGACGUGAAAAUAAACCGGUGGGAUGAUUGGUGGGGAGACGAAAAAAAAGAAAAAACCAGACGAAAUGCUGAAGUUUUCAUGCUCUUCAUCCGUCACCAGUUGAACACGUGCUUCUUGGCAGCCCAUGGUCAAUAAACAAAUGCAAGGCAUCCACUACUAGCUAGCUACACGUACGCGCCUAACCUACCUGCUGCAUAGUCCUACACUUCCACGCAUGGUCAAUAUAUCAUGCAUGGUUUGAUACGUGUACGCCUAUCGAUCGUGGCCUAUAAAUACCCGGCGCAGCAAAAAGAGGAGACAUAUGUCGGUCGCCACCCGUUCAUCCAUUCCAUCGAUCGAAUUAAGAGACUUGCAAAAACAGCUCGAUCAGGUCGAUCGACAAGGAGAAGAUGGUGCCAGAAGCGCCUGCUCGUUCCAACACCGAACGAGCACGAAAGGCUCCGGUACCACCUCCUACGUUCCACCCUAGCCUCUGGGGUGGUUUCUUCCUCACUUACCAACCGCCCACUGCCCCUCAGCGUGCAUGCAUGGAAGGAAAGGCUGAAGUGCUAAGAGAAGAAGUUAGGAAGAUGGUAAAUAGCACACAGGAAUUACCAAAAUUAUUGGAUCUUAUAAUGACAUUACAACGGCUCGGGCUGGACAUCUACUAUGAAAACGAGAUCAACGAGCUGCUCCACCGUGUCUACAAGUCUGAUUACAACAAGGAAAAUCUACAUUUAGUUUCACUCCGAUUUUAUCUUCUGCGGGCGAAUGGAUAUGAUGUAUCAGCUGAUGUAUUCCUUCGUUUCAAAGGAGAUGAAGGAAAAUUUAUGUUCGACAAUACAAGAAGUAUUCUGAGCUUAUAUAAUGCAGCAUACCUUAGGACACAUGGAGAACAGGUGCUCGAUGAGGCCAUAAUAUUCACAACAAGACACCUAGAAGGUGUAUUACAACAAUCAUCACCACUAGCAAAUGAAAUAUCUUUAGCCCUUGAAGCACCACUUUUCCGAAGGGCUCGCAUAGUAGAAAUGAGAAGCUACAUCCAUAUUUAUGAUAAUGGUGCUACAAAAAAUGAAGCCAUAUUGGAGUUCGCAAAAUUGAAUUUCAAUCUUCUGCAACUUCUUUAUUGUGAGGAGCUAAACAACAUCACACUUUGGUGGAAGGAGCUCCAUGAAGAAUCAAAGUUAGGAUUUUCUAGAGAUAGAAUAGUGGAAAUGUAUUUUUGGAUGAAUGGAGCAUGUUAUGAACCUCAAUAUUAUAACUCACGGAUUAUACUUACAAAGAUGACAGCAUUUAUGACCGUACUAGAUGAUAUCUUUGACACAUAUGGUACCACCGAAGAGAGCAUGCAACUUGCCAAAGCAAUCAACAGGUGGGAUGAAAGUGCAACAGAACUGCUUCCAUCAUACAUCAAGGGGUUCUACUUAUAUUUAUUGAAUACAUUUCAUUCAUUUGAGAAUGAACUAGGACUUGGGAAGAGCCACCAUGUGCACUAUCUAAAGGAAGCGUUGAAGCGAUUAGUUCAAGCAUACACGGAGGAGCUAAAAUGGCGUGAUGGAAAUUAUGUGCCAAAAACACUGGAAGAACAUCUUAGGGUUUCAGCGAGAAGCAGUGGAGGCUUCACACUUGCGUCUACUUCAUUAUUUGUUGGAGUAGGCGGCAUAGCUACAACAAACACGUUCGAAUGGAUUCUGAACUAUCCGCAACUUUUCAAGACGUUUGAUAUGUUUGUACGGUUCUCCAAUGACAUCGUAUCAAGCCAGCGUGAGCAAACCGGGGACCACUACGCCUCUACGAUCCAGUGCUACAUGGAAGAGCACGGCGUGAUGGUGCAGGACGCCCGCGAGAAGAUCAAAGACCUUGUCGAGGACUCGUGGAAAGACAUGGUGCGACACUGCAUCGCGCCGACGGAGCAGCAGCAGCCGCUGGCCGUGCCGCGGACGGUCGUCAACUUCGCGAGGACGGUGAAUAACAUGUACAAGCGCGGCGACGCCUUCACUUCCUCGCACGAGAUCAAGGAGAUGAUCACGUUGCUCUACGUGGAACCAAUUGCUUAAUCGCAGCGUCAAGUGCGAAACCCCACCCCCGCUGAUAAGGCGAGGCACAAUUACUUAUUAAUUCAUCCAUGCAUGUAUGUUGUGCUUUUGAAAUAAGAACCUUGAUUCGGCCGUGUGUGUGAUGGUGAGGAUUUUCCUUUUUGCGAAGGCGAUGGGGAGGAAAUUAAUGGUAAACAUAAAUAAAAAUGGGAAUGGUGUGCUAGCUGCUUUGCUGAUCAAGCGCAACUCAUGAUAUAUACAGUCUAGUUCAUCAUUCUGAUCUUACUUUCCCUUGGUUCUCUGCUGAAUAUUUAUAUUUCCACUAUGUUGAGUAAUGGAAAGGGGUUUACCCGGUUCAAUAAAGUUAUUUAUCUUACUCAUGUAUUCUUUUAAUGAAAAUGGAAGCUUCAU